UGACGUCAUUGUGUUUAGGCGGUCACACAGAUUGCCUACACUCAAUUGGCUAGCUAGCAGGCUAACUAACGUAGCUUCGCUCGGACCGGCGACGCCGCGUUUUCUCCUUUAAACCGUGUUUCCUCGUGUUGUUAUGAGUGGACGUGGCUGUCUUUGAGUAAGGGAAUAUCUACGUCUGUCCUCGGCUGACCGGGAGCCGCCAUGGAAUGCCGUGUCCUGUCCAUACAGAGCCAUGUAGUCCGGGGAUACGUGGGCAACAAGAGCGCCUCUUUCCCGUUACAGGUUUUAGGGUUUGAGGUGGAUUCAAUCAACUCUGUGCAGUUCUCCAACCACACAGGUUAUUCCCACUGGAAAGGCCAGGUGCUGACAGCAGACGAGCUGCACGUCCUUUAUGAGGGGAUCAAACUCAACAAUGUGCAUCACUACGACUAUGUACUAACAGGGUAUACCAGAGACACGUCCUUCUUAGAGAUGGUGGUGGACAUUGUUCAGGAGCUAAAGAGAGCCAAUCCUAACCUGGUCUAUGUGUGUGACCCCGUCCUCGGUGAUCACGGAUCUAUGUACGUCCCUCAGAAUCUUUAUCCAGUCUACAAGAACAAGGUGGUUCCUGUUGCUGACAUCAUCACUCCUAACCAGUUUGAGGCAGAAUUAUUAACAGGAAAAAACAUCAGCACAGAGAAAGAUGCUGUUGAGGUGAUGGACCUGCUCCACGCCAUGGGCCCAGACACGGUGGUCAUUACCUCCUCCGAUCUUCCUCCCAGACUGGGAGACCGCUUCCUUGUUUCACUGGGUAGCCAACGUCAUGUUCGUCCAGAUGGCAGCAGGACGACACAGAGAGUUAGAAUAGAAGUUCCCAAAGUGGACGCUGUUUUUGUAGGAACCGGAGACCUGUUUGCUGCCAUGCUGCUGGCGUGGACGCAUCACUACCCUAAUGACCUAAAGAUGGCCUGUGAGAAGACAUUUUCAGUGAUGCACCACGUUAUCCAAAGGACCAUAUCUUAUGCUCAUGAGCUGGCCGGCCCCGGUCGGAGGCCUAGUCCGCCCCAGCUGGAGCUGAGGAUGGUGCAGAGUAAAGCUGACAUAGAAGACCCCGCUAUAGUAACGGAGGCCACGGUCAUAUCCUAACAUUAACAUCCAUCAGACUCAUACUAACCUGGUUCUCCUCACCCAUAAACCUCUCAAACACUGUAACCUGGUAAAAAUAUUUCAUUGCUGUAAACAUGUCUGUAAGCCCAUCAUCCAGACUCUUUCUGCAUCACAGUGUUGUAAUCCCCUUAUCCUGUAACUGGCCCCUAAAGUCCCCCGUGUCCCGAGGCCAGACCCUCACCCUGUUUUAGAGCCAGAGCCACGGAUACCAUCAGAGUUUGAUCCAGUUGGUUUUUGAAAGCACUUUAAAAAAGUAACUUAAUGGCUUUGAUGCUGAAGUUAUAUCCAAAAGCACAAAGAACUUCAAACCGCACAAUAAAGCGGUGGAGUUCCCAUCCGUCAGCCACCAAUUAUCAGCCCAUUUCUGUGAAGUCAGUGAUCGGCGUAUUCUGAUCAAUGCCUUUAAAGCAACACUUAAAGCUGCUAUCCAGAGUUUUCCCCUUUCAGGAAUUGUGUAUGGUUUUUCUGAAAUCCAUAAAAAUGAUCAUCAGAUACAUCAGAUGUGUAUCAGAAUCAAUAGCACUU